AAACAAGCACAAAAAGACUCUCUCUUCUCUCCUUCUUCAUAGGCGUGGCUUUUGGCUUUCAUUACCUUCUCUCUCUCUGUCUCUCUAUCAGAACCCAUCAAAUGGACAUGUCUGAUUUCUUUACUUCUUUUUUAUAUACAGACAGUAAUAGCAUGCAAAAAAGAGCAGAGUUCCAGUCUGUUUUGUCUAAUUAGUUUCUCUUCCACAUAAUUAUAUUUGCUUUCCAUUAAUAUUUCGCUCUUCUACAUAAACCAGCUUUUUAAGUACAUACACUACUUGCAGCAGACAUCAAAUCAUUUGAAACUUACUGUUUGAUAUUCUUCUUGUCCACAAUUUCAAGAAAUUAAAUUCUCUCUUUAUAAAGAAUUAUGGAUCACAGUUACAGAUGGCACCAAAGAGAGAACAGCCCAUCUUUCUCUUCUACUCUUCUUGAUGCAAUGUACCGUUCGAUAGACGAAUCAAACGGUAAAGGAGAGGAAGAGCUUAUUUUUUACAGGGAGAGUACUAGGAGUAUAAGAAAGAAGCAUCACACUAGUACUAGUAAUGGCGAAGCUAAAGAAGAAAGAAUUGGAAGCUUGAAAAAAGCUUGCAUGAUUGAGAAAUGGAUGCAAGAGAAAGUAAUUAGCUAUGAAAAAGUUGGUGUUGGUCAAAAAUCCAUGGCGGAGUUGAAGCCUCGUAUUAACACUAUGUUGCUUAACUCUAGCUCUAGCUCUUCAGAAUCUAGUUGUGGUGGUGGGUUUUCUUCUUCAGAAUCAGAACCUAUUUAUGUCAUGCAAAGGCCUAAGCCUAUUCGAACAAGCGUUUCUGCUCGGCCUAUAGAUCAUCUUCAAGAAAUAAAACUUGCAUCAUCAGCAACAGCAACACAGAAGCCGAAACAUGAUCAAGGCAGUUUUUUCAAAACCAAAUCCAAGGCCUUAAAAAUCUAUGGUGAUCUAAAAAAGGUGAAGCAGCCUAUUUCGCCUGGCGGAAGGCUUGCAAGCUUUCUUAACUCUCUUUUCACUGCUGGAAAUGCAAAGAAGGCAAAGAUCUCUUCGUCGAAAUCUGAGCAAACAUCUACUUGUUCUUCAGCUUCUUCAUUUUCAAGGUCUUGCUUAAGUAAGACUCCUUCCACUAGGGGGAAUGGAACAAAAAGGUCAGUUAGGUUUUAUCCAGUUAGUGUAAUUGUGGAUGAGGAUUCUAGGCCUUGUGGACAUAAAAGUCUGUAUGCAAAUAAUCAAGAAGAGAGUGGUACUCUAAUGGCUGCAGAGCUUAAGUUUCAUGUAAUGAAUGAAAGUCGGCGAGUUGAGCAAGUUAAAAGAGAUCUUUUAAAGAAUUAUCAAAAGAAGAAGCAACAAGAGUUUAGUGUAAAAGAUCUUUGUAAUGAAAAUGGAGAGUCUAGUGAUGAGGAAGAUCAAGAACUUGACGAUGAAGACGACGAUGUGGCUAGUUAUGCAAGUUCUGAUUUGUUCGAAUUGGAUAAUCUUUCUGCUAUUGGAAUUGAAAGAUAUCGCCAAGAAUUGCCUGUGUACGAAACAACCCAUCUUGAUACUAAUCGAGCCAUUGCUAAUGGCUUAAUCUUGUAAAAUUCCAAGAAAAAUUCUAAACAAGAAAAUCUUAAUUACUUAGCUUUAAUAUUAAUGAAUUGUGUGGGGGUUUACAUAUCAAAGAGAAUAAGAUUUCUCAUCUUUCUUUCUUUCUUUC